GAGCGUUGAACAAUGGGGGUGAGAUCAAGAGGCUCAGGUCGGGGGAAUAAUGUUCCCGAUGGCUUCGAGUCAUGACGACCACCCCGACUACCAAUCCACCAAUAGCAAAAGCGCGCGCCAGUACGGACGUACAGCAUGCACCAAUCCACCGCCUACUGGUAGGAUACUCGAGCAGAGUAGAGUACUGUACUGUACUCUACCGAUCAACCUGCCGCAAUGCAAAAAGUUCAAUGAAACUUGCUACCGUACUGCUGCUGCUUCUGUAUGCAGAACCUUCAACACCGGCUUUUUGUGCAACAAGGCGGGGGGGAAGGUACUGUAUGGCCGCGUAAUGUAACAAUACCCCCUCCCAUCUCGCUAAACGUCCAAUUCAAAGCCCCUCCCCAAACCUUUAAGCUCGCGGCUAUACUCGAGUAAGGUACUGGUACCAGUACUGUACCGCUAUCAUACCAGUAACAGCCCUGACGGGCCUUCAAUGAGAACCCUUCAAUAAGAACCUAAAGUCCCCGACAUGUACAUCUCAAUGUCUCCGCCUACUAAAAUUCCCCCGAAUCGGACCGCCGUGCAUGUUACAGCGUGCAUUGGGCUCUAACAUAGUGAAUGAAUGCUCCGCCACAUAUUUCCGAGUUGGAUUCGAAUUAAGCACUCUACUAGGAUGAUAGGUGUUGCGUCCUGCCGAAUCCAGUGUGAAUCGAAUAGUGCAAAAGGACCCACCUUCCAUGCAGGACCUAACGAUAUAAGUACCCAUAUGGCGCCCGAAUGAUAGGAUAAACUAUACAAGCACAACACAGCUGAGUGCAAAAGCAGGCAUACCGGCAGUCUGAAAACGAAUUCGAGGAUUAUAUAGCCUGCCAUCCCCAAGCCAGCGGAAAGAGAGAAGGAAAAAAGUCAAUCAUCCAAGCGCAGCAUUAUCACCAGCACUUUUACAAAAAAAAAAAACCCCCUUCGAGUCAAAUUUCGUCCAACGACACUUUCGACAAUGUCCGAAAAAUUGAUUGAGGGUCACAACAUGACCUACUGGAACAGUAUCGAUUGCGAUCUCGAUAUAUGCCCUCUCAAGGCCUCGUUUUGGGAUUACCGGCCCUCUCUUGCCCUCAACUAUCUCCUGAUUGCACUCUUUGGUCUGUCUAUGCUUGCGCACAUUGGGCAAGGAAUCAAGUACAAGACAUGGGGUUUCCUAGCGUCGAUGUUCCUUGGGUGCUUUACUGAAAUCAUUGGAUAUGCUGGGCGGAUAUGGGCUUACCAUGAACCCUUCUCAAUGGAUCCUUUCCUUAUGCAAAUCUGCAGCUUGACCCUUGCUCCGGCCUUCCUGUGCGCAGGAAUCUAUCUCUGCCUCUCCAGAAUUGUGAUGGUCUUCGGUGCCGAAACCUCCCGCAUACCUCCAAAAGCUUACACAUACAUCUUCGUGACCUGCGAUUUCGUCUCCCUCUGCCUGCAGGGAGCGGGCGGUGGUAUCGCCUCCACCCUCUCGCAGGACGACAAAGACCCGGCACCCGGGAACAAUGUCAUGCUGGCGGGUCUGGGUUUCCAAGUCUUCACGCUGGUCCUCUUCAUGUUGCUUUGCGCAGAGUACGCCUACCGCGUCAAGAACACGACGCAAAGCUUCGACGUCACACACGCGAAGCUCCGCUCCUCCAAGAAGUUCCGUGGCUUCCUGGCUGCGCUCUCGUUGGCGACCAUUCUCAUCUUCAUCAGGAGUAUUUAUAGGGUCAUUGAGAGGGCGCAGGGGUGGGACGGCGAGCUCACCAAGAACGAGACAUUGUUCUUUGUGCUCGAGGGGGUUAUGGUUGUCAUCGCCGUGCUCGUGUUGAACGUUUUCCACCCCGGGUGGUGCUUCAGGGAGGCAAUAUUGGACCAGUUGGGAUUCGGGAAAAAAUCGGUUUUCCGGAAUUUAGGGGGGGAAGCGAUGAGGUGGAAGUGUCAUUUUUGUUGUGCCCCUAGCUGGUUAAUCACCCCCCCCCCCCCGGCGGGCUUUUUGGUUUAUGUUUUUGCUUCCCGUUUAUUUUGUUUAUUUCGUUUUGUCCUUGUUUCAAGAGUUGGCACGGAUAUAUAUAUGGACUACCACUUAUAAAAUUUAUCUUUCUUUUCAUCUCA